AUGCCAUCCGCAGCAUUACCAGGCGGUGGUCCAGCACCGCUCAUCACCCUCAAGACCCACCCACCACUUCCCUCCUUCGCCAUCCCCCAUCGCCUCCCCGACCCAUCCAUCGAAAUCUCCUCCUUCAAACUCUCCAUCCUCCGCAUCCUAACCGGUCAAACCAACGCCUCCUCCUCCACCAAACCACUCACAUUCUCCGAACAAGUCAAAGAAAAAGCCAUAAACGGAUGGAAGAUGCAAAUGCUCACCCUCGAACUCAUCCAGCAUGACGACCUUCAAUCCGAACAACACAACCCUCCAACCCAACAGCAACAAAUAAAAGGUUUCCAACUACAAGACCAUCACGAAUGCAGCUUAAUCGAACAAGGAGAUAUGAUUCUUGUCCGACUCAAGCAGGCGCAUGCAAUAGAAGAGUUGGAGCUGCCAGAGCUCGGAGAAGCGCAUAGCUAUUCUGCUCCAGCAGGUUCGCUGACCAGGGCCGGCACAUUGAGUCAACCACCACCCUAUGAGAUCAUACAGCCUUCCGAACCAAGCUCCUUUUCCAGCUCCGUGGGAGCUCAGCCAAAUGCCAAUUAUCAUCAACAUCGCUAUCAGGAUUAUAGGUCCACUUUUAGGGUCCUCACGGCGAACAAUGUUGGGUCGGGUCACAUGAGGCGCAAUACGCCGAGUAAUACUGGCUAUGCAGGUAACGCAGCUGGAGCGCUAAGCCAAGGCUUGAAGAAUUUGCAAAGUUCGUCGGCAGCGGGCAAGAAGGAUGCUCCCAAGGCGAAGAGGAGAGCUUCGGCGACUGCGACAGCUACAGCGAUUACUAAGCCCAGUGCUAGUCCCACCGUCGAUCAGCAACAUGUUAUUUCACCACCACUUUCACCUAGCUUGCAUUCCGCUGCUGCUACACUGCUUCCGGCAACGAGUAGGAAUAGUAGCUCCGUUGUCACUGUACAGGCUAAUCCUCGUCCUACUGUGGGCGGUGCGCUCGGAUCAUCCUCCUCUCCAAACCCGAACGCAAAGUCAGGGGGUCAAUUCGCAGGACUGCCACCAACAGCACUAGUUAUCGGUCCAGGAGUUCAAGGUCAAGUCGGACGAAACCCAUCGAGUGUUAAUGCUCCAAUGGGUGCUUCCGGUCCCGCCGAACUGCAAUAUGGAAAUGCUAGCGGAUUUGUCAACUUCACUUCUGCUGGUGUGUGGAAAUCCAAACCUAAACCUAGUAGACAGGCUAGUCAAGAGUUUUCCUCCGACAGCAACCUACUGGAUAGUAGUGAGGCCAGAAGGAGACCCUCUAAUCCGGGUGCGGCUGCUGCUGAUGCGGCGGAGAAGCGGGCUGCUCUUGCUAGGCAGGGAUCGGGUGAGGUAGUGAGGCCAGGGAAAGAGAGCCAAGUAUCGGGAGGACGGAUCAGUAAGAGCGACUUGCCUGCUACACCGCUCUUGCCGCCGAUUCAGAAUUUGGCGCCGUUCCCGCAGUUCGAAGACAGCCAGAGGAGGAGAGAACGAGAUCUUCCGCCUAUGCCCCACCCCGCGGAGGCGGAUGGGACGAUGGUCGCAGUCAGUGCUGCUACUGAGACCAAACCUCCUCGUCUCUCCUUCCUGCGAAAAUACAGCACCGCAACUUCAGCGAGUAGAAAUACGGAUAGCGGACCUAGUUCCCCCGCUCAAGAACUAUCACGUACUUACGGCUUUGGCUCCUCGAAACAGCCUCAGGCUACAGCUGUGCCGUUGGAAGAGAUGGAUUCUGCCAUCAAGCCUGUUCUUGAUGCUGAGAAUCACAACCUCACUCGAGCAGAGAGGCGGUAUCUAGAGGUGCAAAAGGCCUUGCAGGUGGAGAGGGAGAAGCAGGCUGAAGCGGAAAAGUUGAGGGCGGAGGAGAUAAGGGCUUUGAGGGAAAGAAAAGAGAAGGAGAGGGAGAGGAAAGAGAGUGAAGCGAAGAAAAGGGCUGAGGAACAGAAGUGGGAGAUGUGGGAAGAAGUUAGAAGGAGACAGAAGAGUGGGAAUCUGGAUAAGCCGUUGCCUCCGGGUAUACAGAGGUUGUAUAGUGGUGGAGAGGAUAAGGGGAAUGGCGGGAAAGGGAAGGGGGCUGCUCCGGUUGCUGCUCCUGCUAUCUCUGUGGCUACUGCUGGAUUGGGCGAGCUCAAUCUGUCUUCUUCCCAAGACUCUGCCCCGGUAGCGGCGGGUAGGAAUGUUGAUGCAGGUGCCGCUUCUGGAUCUCGUCUCGCAGCUCCAGCUCCACGCGCAGCCCUUCCUUCAGACAGCAACGGUUUGACAGGACAACGAAUCGAACUAGGUCUCGAACGAAUCACCCUUCUCCUCUCACGUCUCAAAAACCCUCACCGAUCCUUCCCCGUCAUUCACGUCGCAGGUACAAACGGUAAAGGAUCUACCAUCGCUUACCUCGAUUCCCUUCUCCGGAACGCACUCGAUAUUCGCACUGGUACUUUCGUCUCACCUCACCUCAUCGAGCGGAGGGACUGCUGCAAGGUGGAUGGUCGCAUCAUCGACAAAAGCAUUUGGCGACAGGCUCAGUCUGACGUGCUAUUCGCCGAUCAAGGAUUAGAUAUCCCCGCGACUACUGAGGACAAUGGUCAACCACUCAAAAGCUCCCCCUUUGAGCUGCUCACCGCGCAGACUUUCCAGGCAUUUUCAUUGCUACCCGAAGCUGAAAGGCCAGAAGUGCUUCUGAUCGAGGUAGGACUAGGUGGGAGGUUGGAUGCGACAAAUGUAUUCGAAGAGAGUCAGGUGUUGGCUAGUGUAAUUUGUCCUAUUGAUCGCGAUCACGAAGCUUUCCUCGGGAGUAAACUUGAAGGUAUCGCAAGAGAGAAAGCAGGAAUUGUAAAAGAUGGAGGAUUAUGCAUUAUCGCAGAUCAAAGAUUGCAUGAUCCUUCACCCAUCGACCAACUCGCUUUGGGCCCACUGGAGAACGAGACGAAGCAAAUAGGUGCUAGAGCAGCUGGCAUCCUCGAUUCUAUUCGAAACGUGUGUAUGUCACGCAACGCCCGACUCGUUAAGACUUAUAUCCCGUGGAAGCUGCUUUCCCUCCCACCAACCAAGCAGGCCAAGUGGGGAAGUUCGGUAGACUUUACACCAAAGCUGGCGCCCACGCUGUUUUUAUCGACUUCUGGAUUGAAUCCUCCAUCGACGUUCGUGGCUCAUCCGCAUGAUCCAGUGAUGUUCAGCGUUCCGGUAUCUAUUGAACGGACCAGAGCGAACUUGACGGGUGUAUGUAUGACAGUUCAGACCCUCUCUUCCAUCGCGCGGGACGAAUGGGCGGAGGAUCGAUGGGAAGAUCUCCGAACGCGUAUCAUGUGGGGUCUUCGCGAUGAUCCAGAAGCAAACCUGCGUGUUCGGGAAUCUCUUAACGCUGUAAAGUGGGCUGGGAGAUGCAGCUGGUUCACCGUUGGCGGACGGGAAGUGUUGAUAGAUGGAGCGCACAACGAGUCUUCUGCCAUCGCACUUAGGGAGUACAUUGAUAACUGUCUUUCCUCUCGCUCUCUCUCGCUUGGGAGGGGAAGCCAGUUUGAAGUGACGUACAUAUUCGCCUUCUCCGAGGGCAAAGAUUACGAAUCGAUGGUAAGAGCAAUGUUGGAGAACCCGCCGGAUUUGGUUGAAAGGCAGAAUGUAGGAUUGACGGUGUUCAGUCCUCCGGAAGGGAUGCCUUGGGUGAGAAGUGUUGAGGCGAGAGAUGCGUUGGCGACGUUGAAGAAGGUUAGUCGAGAGGUGGAUGUUGGGGAGUUGAGGACUUUUGAGUCCAUCAAAGAGGCGAUAGAGUGGGCUGGUGCAGGUGGGAGGACAGGGGGAAGUGGGAAGGGUAGGGAAGACAAGAAGGAAAGGGGCCCGAUUGUGGUAGCGGGAAGUUUGUAUUUGGUGGCUGAUAUGUAUCGAUACCUGCAGAGCCUAGGGCUGUAUACGGAGUAA